GCAGCUCCCAGCGCAGUUGCCUCCGUCCCUGGGUUCGAGGAGGAGGAGGAGAAGAAGGAGAAAAAGCACGGGCGGGGGGAGAAGGAGAGGCUCCUGCGCCCCCCCCUCCCAUAGCCAAGACGGACUUCCUGUGGGACAAGCGCACCGGGCUGGCGGCCAAGAGGAUGCCUCACUCCAGGCGCUUCCGCUCCUCGGAACGCAGCAGCCGGGGCAGCUCCCACGAGCGUUACAGGGGACGCAAGCAAAAGCGGCGGCGGAGUCGCUCGCGGUCGAACAGCAGCGAGCGGCGGCACCGCAGGGAAGACAGCGAUCACGUCCGAUCGCGAAGCUAUGAUGACCACUCGUCCGACCGUCGCGCCUACGACCGGCGAUACUGCGACGGCUAUCGGCGAGACGGCUACAGCCGCGAGCGGUGUGACGCCUACUACGAACCGGAAUACCACUCCUACGAGUACCAGCGCUCCCGGGACGCCAGCUACCGCAGCUACAAGAGCAGCCGGCGGAAGCGGCGGCAGAGACGCCGCCGUAGCCGCUCCUUCACCCGUUCCUCCUCGCGAAGUCAACAAAGCGGCAGGAGAGCCAAGAGCGUGGAAGACGACGCUGAAGGCCACCUCGUCUACCACGUCGGCGACUGGCUUCAAGAAAGAUAUGAGAUCGUCAGCACCCUCGGGGAAGGGACUUUUGGCCGGGUGGUGCAGUGCGUGGACCACCGCAGGGGCAACACACGCGUGGCUCUGAAAAUAAUCAAGAACGUGGAGAAGUACAAAGAGGCGGCUCGUUUGGAGAUCAAUGUGCUGGAAAAAAUCAACGAGAAGGAUCCGGAGAACGAGAACCUGUGCGUGCAGAUGUACGAUUGGUUCGACUACCACGGCCACAUGUGCAUUUCCUUUGAGCUUCUGGGGCUCAGCACUUUUGACUUCCUGAAGGACAACAACUACUUGCCUUACCCGCUCCACCAGAUCAGGCAUAUGGCCUACCAAGUGUGCCAAGCUGUCGAAUUCCUGCAUCAAAACAAGCUCACGCAUACAGACCUCAAGCCCGAAAACAUCCUCUUUGUCAACUCGGAUUAUGAGAUGACCUACAACCUGGAAAAGGUGAGUCCUGCGCUGCGGGCAGCCCGGCGUUUCCCUCGGCUUCUCCGUGUGCCCCCCAGCGGCCCCCUCCGCUCCACGCCGUCUCCGGGAGGGCAGCGGAGCGAGCGCCGAGCAGGGCCGAUGGAUGGGGGGGCCUCGCCCGGGCCGUUCACCGCUGCUUCCCCCCCACUUUCCCAUCCCCUUCCCCGCAAGAAGCGAGAUGAACGAAGCGUCAAGAACACGGCCGUCCGGGUGGUGGAUUUCGGCAGCGCCACCUUCGACCACGAGCACCACAGCACCAUCGUCUCCACGAGGCACUAUCGGGCGCCAGAGGUCAUUCUAGAGCUCGGUUGGGCCCAGCCCUGCGACGUCUGGAGCGUCGGCUGUAUUAUCUUCGAGUACUACAUGGGCUUCACCUUGUUCCAGACCCACGAUAACAGAGAGCACCUGGCAAUGAUGGAACGGAUUCUGGGCCCCAUCCCGUCGCGGAUGACCAGGAAGACGAGGAAGCAGAAAUACUUCUACCACGGCCGCCUGGACUGGGACGAGAACACCUCCGCCGGGCGCUACGUGCGGGAAAACUGCAAGCCGCUCCGGCGGUACCUGGCCUCCGAGGCGGAGGAGCACCACCAGUUGUUUGACCUCAUCGAGGGCAUGUUGGAAUACGAGCCGGCCAAGCGGCUGACGCUGGCCGAGGCCCUGAAGCACCCCUUCUUCGACUGCCUCAAGCUGCAGCCCGUCCCCAAAGCCUGGGACGCCAGCCGGGACAUCAGCCGGUGACCGGCGGGGGGCCCCCUCCUCCCUCCCCCAGCCCCCACCCUCCUCCUCCAGUCUCCCCGCACACUUGGCCCCCGUGGAGGCUUGUGCGGAGUAGGCUCAUGCAUUUUGGUGCUUUUAAAGAAAUAAUAAUAAUAAUAAUAAUAAUAAUACGGAGGGAAUCCUGAUCCAAGCUCCCCGCUCCGGGUUACCCUUUUGUUAUCAUGUAAAGCUUGUUAAUAUGUGAGAUAGUGUAUGUAUAUAUAUAUAUAUAUAUGUAAAAUGCAGGGGAGAUCUCGUGGGGUUCCCCAGCCCGACCCAUCCUGUAAAUAACGUGACUUUCUGCGCCCUCAGUCCUCCUGCUCCCCCCUCCUUUCCCACUGUACAUAUUCCCCGUUGCUCUUUCCCUCCUUCGCGGCGCGUCCCUGCCCCCCCCCCCCCCCGGUGUAAGUUAUAAGGCCAGAGGGAAUCCCCCUUGGGGAAUUAUUUUUGGAUAAUAACCAUAGCCUAUUCCAAUGCCAGAAUUUUAUAUGGAUUUUGUACAGUCUUUGUGGAAGAAUAAAACAUGACGUGAAUUAA